CCCUAUUGUUGCAUCCGCUUUCGCUAGGACAAAACGGACGAUCAUAGCUAGAUCUCUUCUCGCCUGUGAGCAAGGUGUUUAUUACUGAAUCUUAUUAUUAUCAUUAUUCCAACCAUAUUUAUAUUGCCUUGCCUUUCUCAUCAGAGUAACCUCACCAUGUCGAAACGCGGAACAGAAAACCAGAUUACCAAGGAUGAUUACGAAAGAGGCGAUGAUGAUGAAAGCACGCCACAAUUGGGUGCAUUCAGGAUGGCCUCAACUGAAGAACUUUCAAAGAGAACGAUAAAACCUUUACGACGUUCCGCAGCCAGGGGUGCGUCAGUUGCAAAUGAUGAUGGUUCCAAGAAAGGACCUUCACCGUUUGCUUCGAUCGGCAUAACACCCUCAAACUCCACCUCAUCACAAGUAUCAGCUACCACCUCAUCAUCAUCAGUCACCACAUCAGCGAACCCUUUUGCGGCAUUCACCUUCGGAGCACCUCCAGUUACUACCGGUGUCGCCACUACAAAGCCUAUCUCUGAAACAGGGGGCUUUACGCCUACAACAGCCGCACCCACAGUCACAGCAGCGCCUAUGACAUCACAACCCAACACGGGCAAUGUGUUUGCUGGGUUUGCAGGCCUCACACCAAAGACUACUGGUGACAAUAUGACAACUACGCCUGGAAAUUCGUUUGCAAACGGCACCUUUACCUUCAACAUUGGAAGCAGCGCCAAGCUUGAGCCAACACCAUCAGAGAAUCAAUCUUAUGGCGCUAAUACAGCUUCUUUUGAUCGGGAGGGUUACCAUAACGCAUUACGCGCCGUCAACCAAACAUUCUUGAAGAAAAUUCAAAAGGGGCUGGAAGAUAACCCAAUCCUUAACUUGGCUCAGGUCUUUAAUAAGUAUAUUGUUCAUCGAGCCAAAGCUAGGAGUAAAUAUUUAGGAGUUGAGGAACCUAGAACGAUCAUACUCUCUCCGGGAGGCAAUGCGAAGUUUAGAAGAGCAGAGUCUUCUGAAUCGGCUAGCAGUUCUCCACCUGGCAUAGGAUCGAGCAAGAUCAUUAGGGUGGGUUCCGAAUCUGAAGAAGUGCCUCAGACAGGAUUUGGCUUACCUAUUGAUAUUACAGCAAAGUCAUCAUCAAUGGUGACAGAUGCUAGUAAAGAUGAGGGUUCUCCUACACGUACACCGCCUGGCACUUCCGGUAUUUCUUCCACACUAUCAACGUCAGUAGCAGCAAAAUCGCUACCAUCUGCUUCUACUUCGUUCCCUUCCUUUGGAGCUGGAGCUCUUUCUGGAGCUGGAUCGUCUUCUAUGAAAGGUGCUGUGGAUCCACCCAAAAAUCCUAUAGCUUCCGGAUCAGGAUGGAAUUUUGGAGGCCCAUUUGGUAGCCCCGGUGCAGCCGCACCGAAUCUUUUUGGUACAGGAACAAUAGGACCGAUCAAAUCAUUGAAAUCAGCUUCAUCGCCUUCUGGGUUUGGAUCUGGUUCGAUUUCAGUUACAGGAGCGAAACCAUUCGAAUUUACCCCUAAACCCUUUUCAUUCUCAGUUCCAUCUACAAUGUCCGCAUCAUCUGAUGCACCAACAGCAGCACCUAAGCCAUUCUCGUUCACAGUGCCUACCUCCACCCCUGCUGCAUCAUCUUCCACUAGUGAUGAUCAAGCUAAUGAAAAGAUGCCGGACGAUACAAAAUCAAACCUGGUGGAUACGAGGGAAGGAGAGGAAGGAGAAAUAACUGUGUUUGAGGUCCGUGCAAAACUAUAUAGCAUCGUGGAUGGUAAUCUCAAGGAUAUGGGCGUGGGGCAAUUCAAAGUCAAUGAGAAUCAGGAGUCAAAGAGGCGUCGAAUGAUUAUGAGGAUAGGCGGAACUGGCAGUCUUGUCUUGAACAGUUGGGUCUAUACGGAUCUGCCCCCUAAACGAGAUGAACAAAAGACUACUCUGACAGUGUUUUCGGUUGAGGACGGAAAGCCCAAGAUGUUCAGAGUCAAAGUGAAGGAAGAGCAGUCUAGAGACGAUCUGUUCAAGGCUUUGGAAGCUGGUCUGAAUAAUAAUUAACUAUUAUACAUGAUAUAGAUUCCCUACUAAAAAUAACAAAGAGUUGUUUGGGCUUCGUCUUUUCGUUUCGUUUCAUUUCUAUAUUAUUUUAUGGUAUGGAGUGAUACAGCGUUGGAUAGAAGAUUGAUCAAUUGAGCGCGUUCAUCUUCUCGUUCUGGCGGUCCCUGUCUGGCUUGGAUAGCCCAUGCGACACAGUAAUGUCCAGCCAAUAGCUGCCACUCUUCAACCUCAUCAAAUAUCUCAAGAUUCGAAAUGC